AUGUUUAUUAUCUACCAAUCAAAAUGCUUCAUUUUGGGAACCCCGUUAUUGACAUCCGGGCAUUUACAAGGCGGUCGGUUCGUCUCGAAGAUCAACAAAACAGACAUGGCAAGUUACGGGGGCAAAAAGAAUGCACUGGCAGGGAGGGGCAUGAAGAAAGGUGGCCCAAAACCAGAACUUACAGAAGAGCAGAAACAGGAAAUCCGGGAGGCAUUUGAUUUGUUUGAUACAGAUGGUUCAGGAACUAUUGAUGCAAAAGAACUCAAAGUGGCGAUGAGAGCAUUAGGUUUUGAGCCAAAGAAAGAGGAAAUCAAAAAGAUGAUUUCAGAUAUAGACAGAGAAGGCACAGGUACCAUUGACUUCAACGAGUUUCUGAUGUUGAUGACGCAGAAGAUGAGUGAAAAAGAUGUAAAAGAAGAAAUUCUUAAGGCAUUCAGACUGUUUGAUGAUGACGAUACUGGUAAAAUCUCAUUCAAAAAUCUCAAGCGUGUCGCCAAAGAACUAGGAGAGAGUUUAACAGAUGAGGAGCUACAAGAAAUGAUUGAUGAGGCAGAUCGUGAUGGCGAUGGUGAAAUUAAUGAAACAGAAUUCUUGAAAAUCAUGAAGAAAACAAGUUUGUACUAGUAAUUUAAAAAACUUUAUAUUUAUAAAGACAUUCCAUUGUAUUCAUCUGCAGAAAGUGCGAGAAACUGGGACCAAGAGGGAGAGAAACCAAACAAAAACAUUCAGAAUAUGUGGCCAAACUUACAUGUCUGUUUUGAGACUGUUAUGUGUAGCUGUUUGUUACAUUUCGUUUCUUGGUUCAGAGUGUCAAGUGUCACGUCAUUUCUCCAGGAGGUUGACUAGCUGCCAGUGUCUAUUAUAAAACUUCUCAUUGAAGAAAUGAUACUUCUGUAAGUGUUGUGGACAAGGGGAGGCUACUCAGAAUUAUUUACAAUUUUUGGCCAAUUUUCCAAACUAGUGUCAGAAAGUCUUUUCUGGCAAAAUAUGAUGUUAGAAAUUAAUGAAAUUAAGAAAUUAAAGAUUUCUGAAAAAAUUUAAGAAAACAAUUUUCUGAAAAAGGAUUAACUGCUCCAUUCUCUCUUGUUUGUCAAGAGUUCAAAAUAAAUAAUUCAAAAAAUAUAUUACACACUUCAUUCCAUGUGGAAAGAAAUAUAAUUAAAAAAAAAUGGGUUGUUCAUCAAUGCUGUUCGAAGUCUCACCAUCUGAUCUGUUUAUUGUUUAUAAACAACAAUUCAACCAUUUAUUUUGUAAAUAAAUAUGAAUAUAUAUUAAA